ACAUAUAUAGAGCUAUAAAAUAAUUAAUUUUAUAGUCUUGGAAUAGAUCUAUCUUGAACAUAAUUUUCGUGUAAGUGCAAAUCGCAUUGGGAACAUGUUCAUAUGCAUAACAGUGAAAUCCUUUGGGGGAUUCCAGUUUUACUAACUGGAAUUACCCUAGAAGAACCAAUUACGUAAUUAAGUAUAUACAGGUAAAAAAAUUGUGUUUGGAAAAAAAAACAUAGAAAACCAACUCAGAAAUGGAGGAGGAUAGUGUGUCAAGAGAUGCGAAUAUAAAGUACAACUUAGAGGUUUAUCUUUCUUACAUCUGUGAAUGUGUGGAUGCUAUCCACCUGUUGCAGCACAUUGACUGUUACUCUGAUGAUCAAAGGCGUGAGAUCAGUCAGUUGGCGAAAUCUAAUCCAGUUGGUGCAACAAGAAAGGCUUUUGACAUUCUGAUGCAAAAGGAAUUGCCGGGGAUAUUUACAGCUUUAUUAGAAUCAUUACAAGAUGACUACCCGAAAAUUGUCAAGCUGCUUCAGGGAGAUGUUGUCAAAUGCGAUAAGAACUACAGGAAAAUCAUUACACUUUUCUCACAAUCGAUCGUCAGAGAGAUUCAGCCAAUCGAGUUACUUCUUUGCCUGAGAAAAUACAAUGUUCUUACGGAAGAGGAAGCUGAAGAAGCGAGAGCGGAUGAGCGUAAUUUUGGACUAACAAGAGCUGCUUUUAAUAUCGUUACAAAUAUACAUAGACAUGUUGAAGAUUGGUUCAAAUACUUUCUCAUGUCAUUGAUCGAAAUCGAUUGUGAAAACCUUGCUGAACGACUGGACCAAGACCUGGUUGAAAAAAUUAAAGCCCAGAAGAGAUUUAGUUCAGCGAAUGAAGAAGACACGUUUGAAAACGAAACACGUGACGACAUAAGAGAACAUGUCCAAGACGACAUCCUUGAGGUUCCGAGCAGCUUGAAGAUUGAAAAUGCUCCUCCACCUGACACUGAGGCAGACAUUACAAAGUUAAAAAUCAGCAAUUUAGAAUGCCAUGGUGAUCAAUGUGAACAAGAAGACAGUAUGAAUAUCGCUAAGAACGACCUGAAGGAAAUCAACAACACACAGUUGUUAAAUGUUGGACUAGAAGAUGAUGAUGUUACUGUACUAAAGCAACAAUUCAGACGAAGUAACAAAGAGAUAGAAGCCGUUGAAAACACAGAUGAAGAAUCGCCGGACGAAGCAGAUGAUAUGGACGCUGAUUUAGAUUUUAACGAUCUAGAUAAAUCUGGAUCGGAAGCCGAUGACUCUGAUGACAUUUAUGCACAAAAUAUCGAAACAGAUUUAGAUGAAAUAACAAAUCCAGAAGAGCAUGAAAUAGAACUUCGUGGGUAUCAGAAGAAACUGGCCAAGAAAGGCUGCGAAGGAGAAAAUGUAAUAAUCAUGGCACCUACAAAUUCCGGUAAAACAAAAGUGGCAUGUCAAAUUGUUCUUUCCAUGUUUAAGCGUUGUGAAGAACAGAAGAAAAAGGGUAAAGCUGUAUUUGUUGUGGAAAGAGAGGACCUAGCUUUCCAGCAAGGCAAAGUAUUUGAAGAAGAACUUCCUUCUUAUCGCACCAAGGUUGUAACUGGUGAUGUCCAACAAAGUAAAGACCAGUAUCUGAAGGACUAUGUACAGAGAAGAGACGUUUUUGUGGUAACAGCUCAGGUUUUGCUGAAUUAUCUCAAAGCUAAAGAUAUCGGAAGCUUAGAUGUAUUUGACAUCAUUGUUUUUGACGAAUGUCACCAUACUGACAAAAAGCACCCAUACAAGAAAAUAAUGGACAACUAUUUUGAACAAAGAUUGAAAAACGCUAUUGUUAAACCGCAGAUCGUUGGUCUAACAGCGUCUAUAGGUGUUGGAGGCAAACUGGACAGAAAUAUAGCAUUUGAAAACAUGAAGCAGAUAGCUGCGAAUCUGGAUGCGGAGGUGUUGUGCAUUGUUGAUGAUGAAGACGACAAAGCAGAAAUGAAGGGAUUUAUAAAAAACCCCGAUGAGAAAAUUGUGGCUGUUCCAAAGAGAGCGACGGAACGUUUUUUUGAAGACAUUCUAGAUGCAGUGGAGAAAAUUGACACAUUCAUGAUGAAAAAUCCACAUGUUACCAAGUUAGAAGAAGAUGACAAAUAUAUGAAGACAAUUAGCAGAGUGCCUACGAGAAAUGUAGGGAAAUCUCAAUUUCAGUCCUGGCUCAGCGGUUUUAGACAUGGUCUCUCUGUUCUGAAAUCUGAUAACGCAAGACAAAUACUACAUCCAUGUUUGAGUUAUCUUGAUCAAUACCACAUAGCAGUUAUGUUAUAUAACGACGCAAGAAUAAAGGACGCUUUGAGUAGUCUCAAACGAUUUGUUGACAAGCGCCGUCAAGCGGAUUAUAACAACGAAGCUGACGAAUUUCUCUUGCAACUAUAUGAUGAUUUGAGGUCAGGAUCAUACAAGAAUGAGCCGGAAAAUCCCAAGUUAUUAAAACUAAAGGAACUUAUUCUUGAGACUAUGAGAGGUGAUGAAAAUGCUCGGGGAAUUAUUUUCGUGAAGACACGAGCUCUUGCAAGGACUUUGAAGUUGUGGAUGCAUGAAACAGUUGAGCUAAAGAAACUGAACGCAAACGCUUACUUGGGAAAAGUAGUUUCUACUGGAGAAGGCGGAAUGUCAAAACACAAACAAAGAAAUGUACUUGGACUAUUUAAGAACGGGAGACAUAAAAUAAUCCUAGCAACUACUGUUGCAGAAGAGGGCCUGGAUAUAGCGAUAUGCAAUCUUGUUAUCAAAUACGAACAUGUUACAAAUGAACGGGCGAGGGUUCAGUGCAGAGGCCGAGCUCGAGCUCCAAAUAGUAAAUAUUAUGUUCUGACGGAGGAAGGCUCAGACCUCAUUGAAAAGGAGAAAUUCAAUGCCAGGUGUGAAACGCUUAUGCAGGAGUAAAUUCCAGUUUUAAAGAAGUACAUGGAGCAAAAUAGAAAUAGUUGGGAAGAUGAAAUUCUGCAGAUGCAAAGGUAUGCAAAAGAAGUAAGAGAGGCCCAGAGUAGACAACGACAAGCUGCUGCAACAGAUGACAUAGUUAACCUGCAUUGCGGAAACUGUGGAACUCUGAUAUGUAGCUCGGAGGAUGUUAAGAAAAUAUGCGGCAUGCACCAUAUUGUUGUUGCUGAUAUCCGCGAGAAAAUCGUUCUGGAACGUUCACUGACGCCAAAACAUGUGGACAAGACAAACGAAAUUAUAAUGGGUGGUAAUACAUUCUGUGCAAAUAAGAUGUGUGUUUACAAACACAAAAUAGGAGGAAUCGUUCAGUAUAAAAAGAUGGACUUCCCAGUUUUAGCCAUAAAAAACAUUUGUUUAAAGGCUCAAGAUGGCACUCCGCUACCACCUGCGAGGCAAUGGAGUAAGGUUGUCUUCAAAGUCGAGAGCAUAGACACGACAGAUUUGGUUACAAUCAUGCUCCAAAGAUUAAAUGAUUAGUUAAUAACAUGUAGACGACUUUUUCGAAUUAUCAAAGGUCUGAAGUCGUUAAAAUGGGCAAGCCACUGACGUGUGCGUGGCAAAAGAAUUUCACGAUCUAUACAGAUAGUAUUUUAUACUUUAAGUAUUUUAUACUUUACAUUUGUUUAGCGUCAAUAAAAUGUUACUAUCUUAUCCAGCUAAACCGUCGCGAUUUUUCUUAAAUUAAGGUUUGAUUCUGCAAGAACCAGAUAUAAACCAAUCAUCAUACUCAUGGUUUCAAAGGGUGGCGGUAGGAUCUUUCUGAUUUCUCAAAAUAUUUGCAAUAAUGUCAACUUCAUGGCAAAAAUAUAUUUUUCCAUUGUAUAAAUCGGGGAAAUUUUCAUUAUAAAACCCAGAUCUUUUAGCUCACUUGAGCACUAAAUGCUCGGGGUGUGCUACUGUGAUCACUCACCGUCCGUCGUCCGUCCACACUUUGUUUUAAAAACAUCUCCUCUGAAAUUAGUCGAUGGAAGUUGAUGGAGCAUGGCCUGGAUGUUCCUUUGGUGGUUCUCUCCUAAAGUUGCUCAAACCGUACUGCGUGGUUGCACAUAGGGGCCACCAAAGCUAAAAACAGAAAAAUCUUAAAACAACAUAUUUUCCUAAACUGCUGGUCUGAUUUCAAAAUAAUUUCACACAAAUUGUCCUUAUGUAACCCUCUAUCAAGAGUGUUCAAAUUGUUCCGAUUUGUUUAAAACAUGGCCGCAAGGGGGCGUGCCAUGGUCAUUUUUCUUUAUAUGUAUAUAUUGGAAACUCUAAUGCUCUUUUUGCAUGAAACCGCAGGUCAUUUUUAAAAUAAUUUCACACAAAUGGUCCUUGUGUGACCAUGUACAAAGUUUGUUCAAACAAUUCCGAUCCGUCAAAAACAUGGCCGCCAGAGGACGUGGUCACUUAAAGUUUCCCUAUAUGUAUAAAGUGGUUCUUUAAAAAUCUUCGUGUAUGAAACUGCUGGUCCAAUUUUAAAAUAGUUCCAGACAGAUAGUCCAUGUGUGACACUGUACGAAGAAUUUUCAAAUUAUUCCGAUUCGUCAAAAAACAUGGCCGCCACUUUUUCCUGUAUGUAUAUAUUGGAGAUUUCUUGUCAAAAGCUGCAGGUCAAAUUUUAAAAUAAUUUUACACAAAUGUUCCUUUGGUGACCCUUUAUGGAGAUUGUUCAAAUUAUUCUGAUUCGUCAAAAACAUGGCCACCUGGGGUCAGGGGUUUUUUUGCAGGGUUUAACGCCGCACCGACACAAUUAUAGGUCAUAUGGCGACUUUCCAGCUUUGAUUGACAGUUGCCUCUCCGUGCAUUAUUUUUAUCACUAGCGGGCACCUGGGUAGAACCACCGACCUUCCGUAAGCCAGCCAGAAUUCAGCGCCCCGAGUGAGGCUCGAACCUACAUCGGUGAGAGGCGCCAGGUGUCGAGGUCACUUUUCCCUAUAUGCAUAUAGUGAAACCUUAGAAAGUCUUUUUGUCAGAAACUGCUGGCCUUUUACGAUGGUUGUACAAAUAUACUAUUUCAAAAUAUUUUCACAAACAUUUUCCCUGCAUAGUUAUAUCUACCAAAACUUUUCAAGCAAGCAGGUGAGCGAUCUAGGGCCAUAAUGGCCCUCUUUUGUUGCUUUUGUGCUACCUUUGAAAUAAUAUGUACGUUUUAUAAUUAUCCAUUAAGAAAUAAGGUAUGAUGUCAUAUUUCUGCCGUAUGAUAAUUUGUCUAGUUUACUCGCUUUAUCGAUAACUAGCAACAUGAUUAUUUAAAAGAAAAUCAGUGUCAAAAAUGGCUGAACUCGACAGUGGAAAAUACCCCCAUCAAAAUCAUUUUGACGAUAAAUUCAAAACUAAUAAAGGUAUUUUCAAAUUGUAAAAGGAAAAAAGGAAAAAAUAAGGGAAAACCUUGUCACGAUAUUUUAAGUUUAAUAAUAUUUAUUGACAAUGGAAUAUUGUUUCACUGUGUGUUAACUGCUGGCAUUUUAAAGUCGUAGGCAAAUACAAAGUGCCUGAUCUUCCUGUUGUAAAUACUUUUUGUAAGACUUUUCUUGACGCUAUAUAAAUACUUGUAUCUUGAUUUGUAUGCGAUGUAUAUAUCAAUAUCAAUUUUUAUUUAUCCAGAAGUCCAAUAGUAUUCGUUUUGCAAAUUGUCUGCCAAUAGUCCAUGACAGUUGAUAGUCAUAAUUGUGUUCAUGCAUGCAUUUUUGUAAUUAUUUUGUUUUUAAAUGUUAUAUUUAAUUUUGUAAUUACCUUGUAACAUGUUAUUUUUCAUUCUGUGUCCUUACUUAGACGGCCAGCAGUGUAACUAUAUGCCUACCUGUAUACUGCUCAUUUGCCUAUGCUUUUACAGUAUCAUAAAUGUAUUGCCGCAAGGUAUUUUUGGUAUUUGGUAUAUAUGUGGUUAAUGGUAACAAUGCUGGCCGUCCAAGUAAGAACACAAAAUGAAACAUAACAUGUUAUAAAAUAAUUACAAAAUUAAAUAAUACACUGUUUAUUAUAUUUUUGUAUGUGAAAAGAAAACGAAUGAAUUUUACAUUUUCAAAAUUAUACAAGUUUACAUUUUUCAAUCAAAUUAUUGUUCUUGUAUUAAAAUGUCUACUUCC